CAACAGUCUCAACUCGCAACUACUAGUUUUGAAAGAAACCCUAGAUAUUAUUAAGCAUGGUGUUCAUAAGGUUUGCAGGCUUCAUACAUGCUAUUCUCCUUGUUUCAUUUGCUCUACAAAGUCUUUCUGUACAUGGUCUUCAUCAUCAAGAAAGGAGAUUAGUGGAAAGAAAUUCAAUCCAAGAGACUCAAGAAAAUGAUCCAUCUCUUAAAAAGGCAUCCAAUAAGGGCUUUAAACCUGUUCAGGAAUAUGUUGCUGAAACUUUGGAGAUCGGUAGCGGAUCGAAUGUAGUGCGAAUAGGGGGAAGGAAAAUGGCAAGGAUGUUGAAGGAAGAUGGAGAAAUGGCUUCAAGAUCAAGCACAGGUGAUGUCCAGAAGUUGAAGACGGAAGCAGAUAUGCAUGCUUCAAAGAAAGGACCACAAGACUUCUUGAAUAAUCAAUUAGGACAAGAAAAUGAGUCCGAAGAGAUGACCGUAAGCCCUAGCCAAAGCGCGCUAAAAGAAGAUUUUUCUUGUUCUAGUGAAAGUCCCUCAAGUUUUCGUGCCAACAAGUUGUUUCCUGGUGAUCAUCAAAGCAAUGAAUGGAAAAAAGUACUUGAAGAAGCCGACAAGAAAGUAAUGCAAAUGAUGCGAAGGGACUACGGUGGCAUGAGGAGGCCACGACGGAAGCCUCCGAUCAACAACGACGAGCCUAGAAACUGACUAAACAAAAUAGCGAUUUGGUUUAGUGUUUAGGUGUGUGAUUCAAACUUUAAAAUGAAAAAUAAGAAACAAAGAAGAAGAAAAAGAAAGGGUUAGGUAUAGGCUCACAAUUUUGCUCCCCCUAUAGAAGUGAAGUCCCCUAACAACUAUAGAUAGUAUUAACAACAAGCAAAACCCAAAAUGGUAGUAUUUUUGUUUUUGGGUGUCUGUAUUUUUUGUGUUUUUUAAUAGAAGGGUCAUAAAAUGUUUUGUUGGUAA